AUGGCGACCCGAGCUCUAACAAAUCAAUUUCUUUCCUCAAAUCCCCCUUCUUCAUUGGUGACCGCCAUAACCAAAACCCUCCAAACCUUCAAACCCAACUCGCUCAACAUCAUUCCCAAAAAUACACCUCAAAACAUCCCAGCUCUUACCCAAUUCUCCCCCCAAUUAAACCCUAAUUUAGUCAUCCAAGUAAUCAACAGCCAAAAAGACCCUAAUCAUGCUCUCAUCUUCUUCGAUUGGGCUUCUUGCCCUUCCCCAAAUCCAACAAAUUACUUUCACAACUUUCAUUGUUAUGUCGCCAUGUUCGAUCUUUUUCUCUCUCACCGCCUCUUUUCGAGCGCUACCCAGUUCCUUGAAUCCCACAGGAAGGUCUGUGACUUCACGAUUGCGCGGAUGAUCAAAGCGUAUGGUGCGCAGAGUAAUCUCCGAGGCGCCAUUGAUUGGUUUCACCGCGUUAAAAUGGUGGAAAAGGAAGGGAAUUGUAUAUCUUCAUGUAAUAAUUUAUUAGGUGUGUUGGUUAGGGCUAAUCGGAUAAAAAUGGCGGCCGCCAUUUUCGAUCAGGUAGUUGCGGAGGGUGUGAUUAAGCUCAAUGUCAUUACCUAUACGACGAUGAUUCGAGGGUAUGUUAAAAUUGGCAGGAUUGAGGAUGCACAGAAGGUGUUCGAUGAAAUGCAAUGCAGACCGAAUAUGGUAACUUAUGGGACUCUAUUGAGUGGGUUUUGUAAAAAGGGUAUGAUGGUUGAGGCACGUCAGAUUGUUGAUAAGAUGAUUAUGAGCCAAGAUUGUUUGCCAAACUUGGUUUCUUAUACUACAUUGAUUGAUGGGUAUUGCAAGAAGGGGGAGAUGGAGGCCGCAAUGACGUGUUUGAAUGAGAUGGUAAGGCAAGGUAUUGAGCCGAAUUUGAUCACUUAUAACACGAUUGUUAAUGGGUUUUGUUUGAUUGGUAAGGUUGAUGAGGCUAAGAAAAUGAUGACUAAGAUGAGAUUUGAUGGUGUGAAGGAUGAUGUUUUUACGCAUACAAGCUUGUUAAAGGGGUAUUGUGUUGUUGGUGGAGUAGAUGAAGCUCAUAAACAUUUGAAGGAUAUGACUACAUUAGGCAUAAAACCUGAUGUUGUAGCAUAUGGAGUAGUUGUGAAUGAGUAUUGCAAGUUGGGAAAGGCAAAUGAGGCAAUUGCUCUAUUGAGAGAAAUGAUAGCAGGAGGCGUCCGUCCAAGUGUUAGUAGUUUCAAUGCUGUGUUAAAAGUUCUUGUAGAAAGAGGAGAACUCGACGAAGCUGUUCUUUUCUUGAAAUGGAUGCCUGAAAUUGGUCUUGCUCCCAACUAUCUGUCAUAUUUUACUGUUAUAUCCAGUCUUAGCAUAACAGGGAGAAGGGUUCAACAAGUUGGAGAACUUGUAGAUUCUAUGCUUCGAGAUGGUCAUCGGCUUGAUCAUAAAGUAUACAGUAGCUUAAUAGUGAUGUACUGUAAAAAUGGUGAUAUGGAAACGGCAGCUCGAGUUGUUGCUGAUGCUAUGAGGGAUGGGAAUGUGAUUAAUGUUGACACUUUUGCAGUGUUUGUGGAGGGAUACUUUGUAAAAGAAAGUGUAGCUGAUGCUGAACAAAUUGCCCUAGAGUUGAUUAAAAGAUGUCCAGGAAGUAUGUCAGACGAUUAUCAAAGGGUAUUAAAAGAGUUGAAAUGUAAAUAUUUAGAUUGCACAAGGUCUGAAUCAUCACUGUGGUCUCACACUACUGGUACUGUCGUAUGA